GUAAACCUAGUGAAGGGCUGUUAUUUUUAUUUCUUUCAAUUUCUCUUUCCCACAAAUAAUGAUAAAAAUUAGAAAAAUUGAAAAGAACAGAAAAAAGUAAAUCAUCUUCCUUGGUGGUCAAACCCUCCAUUUUCAUCUCGCUCUCCGCCGGCCAUAAGCGUUCGAAUCGGUUAUCAUCAAAUCGGUCGACGACGGAAUUUCCGAAUUUAGGAAAGGGGGAAUAAGGGAAAUUCUUGGCCGGCGUAAAAUAAUAGAGGGACGUUCUAGGUUUUUCUAUUUUUAUGUGAAGAUCAUGGAUAGAGUUUACAAUAAGCUUCGGAAUCUGGACGCGUACCCCAAAAUCAAUGAGGAUUUUUACAGCCGAACGCUAUCCGGUGGCGUCAUCACGCUCGCCUCCUCGAUCCUCAUUGCUUUGCUUUUCCUCUCCGAGUUCAGAUUAUACCUCCACACAGUGACAGAAACAAAACUUGUGGUAGACACUUCUAGGGGAGGGAAAUUACGUAUCAAUUUUGAUGUAACCUUUCCAGCCAUUCCAUGUACAUUGUUGAGUCUGGACACCAUGGAUAUCAGUGGGGAGCGACAUAUGGACAUAAGGCAUGAUAUAUUCAAGAAAAGAAUUGAUUCUCAUGGUAAUGUAAUAGAAGUGAGGCAAGAUGGCAUUGGUGCACCCAAGAUAGAGAGGCCUUUGCAGAGGCAUGGUGGACGGCUUGAGCACAAUGAGACAUACUGUGGUUCAUGUUUUGGUGCCGAAGCGUCUGAUGAUGAUUGUUGUAAUUCAUGUGAAGAGGUUCGUGAAGCAUAUCGUAAGAAAGGAUGGGGACUGACGAACACUGAUUUGAUUGAUCAGUGCAAAAGAGAAGGUUUUGUGCAAAAAGUUAAAGAGGAAGUAGGUGAAGGAUGCAAUAUACAUGGAUCUCUGGAGGUAAAUAGAGUUGCUGGGAAUUUCCACUUUGCCCCUGGUAAGAGCAUUCAUCACCAAAAUUUCCAGCUGCUCGAUUUGCUAAAUAUACAAACGGAAAGUUACAAUAUAAGCCACAAAAUUAACAAAUUAUCAUUUGGAGAUUCUAUUCCUGGAAUAGUUAAUCCGCUGGAUGGGGUACACUGGGUGCAAGAAAUGCCAAAUGGGGUGUAUCAGUACUUUAUCAAGGUUGUCCCAACCAUAUACACCAACAUUAGGGGCCAUACGAUUGAGUCAAAUCAGUUCUCGGUGACUGAGCAUUACAAAAGUUCUGAAGAGGACCAUUUCCGAUCCCCUCCUGGAGUUUUCUUCUUUUUCGACCUUUCUCCCAUAAAGGUGACCUUCACUGAGGAGCACACGUCAUUCCUACACUUCUUGACACACAUCUGUGCUAUAGUCGGGGGUAUAUUUACAGUUGCCGGAAUAGUGGAUUCCUUCAUUUAUCAUGGUAAGAAGGCAAUGAAGAAGAAAAUGGAAAUUGGGAAACUGAGAUAAAUGCCCGUUUAACUUAUCAUACAAAGAAGAAAGUGAAGAAAAAAGGUAUUUAAAGCCACUGCUCGUGUAUUGAUCAGUGUUUUUAUUGGGCUCGAACUCUUUGGUUGUGGGCGGGACUCGGAUAGGAUGAAAUAUGUGUUACCCGGCAGAACUGAGGAAGGACUUUUACUUGUAACCUCAAAAUGUAAUGACUUUGAGUAAUUUUUGGCACGAACAUUCUCUCCAUAUAACCCCUUUGAUCUUAGAGUGGUUUUCGUAGACAAUUUUGGCAAUGUAUCUUUAGCUUUAUUGACUCUAAAUUGUCUUAAAGAGUAAAGUGUGAUU